AUGUCCUCCAAUCGUUACACCACAAUUCCCCCACCCAUCUCACCACAACCCUCCGCCCCCUCCCUCUUCUCCACCCUCCGUCCAUGGCAACUCCUACUAGACCCUUCGGCUCUCAGCCUCCCCAUAUCCUUCUCCGAAUCCAUCCAUCGAAUCAACCAAAACCUCCGCUACUUCCGCUUAAACUACACCCUAAUCAUACUAUUCAUCCUCUUCCUUAGCAUCUUGUACCACCCGAUCUCCGUACUCAUCUUUUUUAUCACAAUCGCGGCUUGGGUUUAUUUGUCUUUCAAUCGAAAUGAGCCUUUGGUGGUUCUUGAUCGGACUAUCGAUGAUAGGUUUGUUCUGGGUUUUCUCUGUUUGUUGACUGUAUUUGCUCUGAUUCUGGCGAAUGUGUGGUGGAACGUCAUCGUUUCGGGGAUGAUUGGGUUUGUGAUUGUUUGUUUGCACGCGGUUAUCAGGACUCCGGAGGAUGAGGAGUCGCUGUAUGGGGCAUUACUUUCUGAUUCGGAUAGUCCGAGAGGAAGGUAUGCUCGGGUUUGA